CAGAAGUGGGAGUAAAACCGGACCUUUAAACUCUGAUAGACCUCAGCUUGAGUUGAUGAGGGCUCAGAUGGUUAGAUGUUUGCAGAGGGACAACUUUCCUUCUGCUAAACCUGGAAGGGCCAUCGUUUGGGGCUAAAACCUUAAAAGCAUGAACAAGUCAACUGGGGCAGAUGAAGAUUUUAACUAGAAGGAGCUGUGAAGGAUAUGAAGUUUUAACAAGGACAAGAUGAAGCUGUGUGACAAAAGGUCUGUGUUGCUGGCCAACACAGAAAACAUUGAGAUGAGGCUUUUCUCUUCAGAAGAAGAAUCUGUGAUCAUAACGACGCAGGAGAGAAAGGAGGAAAACACCUUUGAACAGAGGUACAGGUACAGGUACCUGGAGCACCCUCUGGCCCCUGACCCCGAGGUGGAUGAAGAUCCACUAGUUGAGAUAAAACCACGGCAACAGGCAGAACCCAAAACUAAACCCUCUGUCUGCGAGGAGACCCUUUAUUGCUCCCACAUCGUUGACAUAACGGAUGAAACAGACAUCGAGAUGGAGUCUUUUCCACCUAUCAGACUUUCCGACAUUGAGCUGGUGGAGAUAAAACCAAGCGAUCAUGCUACUUCCUCCCAGUCUUCCCCAAACAAAGCUCAUCAUAUUAAAUGGAAGAAAUUGAUUCCACAAAAGAUCAGACAUGUGGUUAAAGAUGUGAUCUGUCUGCCAAGAGAACACUAUAUCGCACAGCUGGGUAGACAAAUGACUCCACAGCUAACUGCUCUGGCAGACGUGGGACUGACGGCUCGCAUCACGGUUGACUCCAGCUGGUCAGCUAAUCAAAUGGAGAAUCGCUUGGUCUUGCUUUUCCAAUCGCAGUUUCUAAAGAAAUCAGGACAAAGGAUUUCCUUCACAUAUCUACAGAGUGUGCGGAGCUCCAAGGUGCUGUUUGUCCCUGAGACCCCUGCAGAAGGCUGGACUGGAGAGCAAGUACUCAGAAUCAGUGAAAAUGGAGCUCUGUAUAUAUUUAGUCACCACAACUAUGAACAGGACCAGUCUGAAGGUUCACCACAUAAAACAGCUGUGUUUAACAGGAGGGAUUUAGGGCCCAGCAAGGAGAGUCAAUGUCCACUGGUAGGACAGAACCAGCCUUAUGUUUGCAGGGCUCCAGAAAGGCUCACACUCAACCUGGACACCAUUCUGAAAUUGUUCAGAUUGAAAAUCACAAGUGAAGAUGCACAAACUCACAUCAAGGUGAGCAGAGAUGAUGUCCUUUCCAGUGCUCUGAAGGAGGUGAGGAAACCAGGAUUCUGCUUCAGGUCCAAACCUGUUAUUGCCUUCAGUGAAGAGAAGAUGGAAAGCCAUGAGGAAGCUUUCAGAGAGUUCUUCAGGUUGACCCUCCUGGAGCUGCAGCAGAGUUGUGUUUUUGAGGGCCGUCAGGAACGUUUGUUUUUGACCUAUGACCUCACAGCUCUAGAUGACAGGAUGUAUUAUGAAGCAGGCGUUCUCAUUGGCUGGUCACUGGCUCAUGGAGGACCUGGACCAUGCUGUCUACACCCUGCACUCUUUGAGCUGAUGUGUUGCCAAAGUCCAUCUUUGGAGGAUUUUAACUGGAGGGACAUUGUUGAUGCUGAAGCACAACUCCGUCUGCAAGAGCUGCAUAAUUGUACUGAAGAGAAGCAGCUCUCGUCCAGUCUGUGUGACUGGGUGUCAUGCUGUGGAAUCCAUGGAAUCCAUUUGGCCUGUUCUAAUGAAAUACCAGCCAUUUAUGCCCGCUUGGUAAAACACUACAUCUACCACAGGGUGGCCAGUAUGAUCUCCCAGUUUAUUGAGGGGUUAAACAGCUGUGGGGGAUUGUGGGAUAUGGUAAAAUCACACUGGGAGCUGUUUCUGCCGGUAAUGACGAGAAAAGAGCAGCGAGCUUUGAGCUUGGAGGACUUCAAACAGCUCUUCGUUUUUUGCUUCAGUAAUUCAGACUCUGAGUUAAGGGCAGCUGAGGAAGCCACAGCAGCUCACUGGGAAAAAGUCCUCACCAUGGUCAGUGAUGGUGAGGCAUAUUUUUCCUUUGAAGACCUCCUCCUCUUCAUCUCAGGAGCUGACCACUUGCCUCCGCUUGGUUUUACUAAACUGAUCUCCCUGCGUUUUUACUCACAGGAUACAAGCUCAUCAGACAUGAUUCUCCCCUACGCUUUUGAGGACUCUCUGGAGCUAUUCCUGCCGAGAGGAGUUCCAGAAGCCUUGGACCUGCUGGUGGUGUUGAAUAGAGCCUUGCACAGAGCUCUGGACUUAAGACUCCAGUCAGAUGGAGAUAAAAUCUCUCAAGAAAUUGUGACAUGAUUAUAAAAAGACCCAAAAAGAUAUUUUAGGGCUGAAGAUUGUAAGUUAAAUAAUUUAAUGUGUUGUUUUAACAGCUGUUCCCAUACUGUAAUUUAUGUGAUAAUUUCUUUUCAAAAGCUUUAGAAUGUUUGUUUAAAUAUGAGAUAUGUAUUUUAUUGACAAGGUGGCAUAAUGUUUGUGUUUUGUCUGCUUUGGAUUUUCUGGCGUUUUAACAAACCAUAGAUGAGAAUUCAAGUCAUGCAUCUACAAAAUAAACAUACAUUCACAUUUUGUUCAUUUAUAUAAGCAAUCUGAUGACUUACCCCAAAAACAAAUUUCAGUUAGGCUUUUAAAGAUGGUCGGUUAUAUGGAACAUUUUUAUCCUUUUUAUGUUUGUUUGCAGUUCAAAGCUUAUGCUAAAUAAAGUUUUAAAAAUGUGUAUUAAAGUAAAAUGAAGCUAAA